CAUAGAGAGUGGUCCCACAGUUGAUGUUGUUCACAAUCAACACUAAUUGUGAUCCGAUGAAAUAAAAUUAAACCUAAGUUAUUCUAUUAGUACAGUUAGUACAGUGUCGUAUAAUUGGCCACACAUUCUUCGUUGUUUAUCUCCAAAAAAAUCCACUUGGAAAACGUGUUAAAACGGUCGUGUUAACCUCGCAGUGUGGUCCGCUCACAAACAAUUGUUUAUGUUUAAAAACGUUUAAGUGCAAACGCGCGUGUUGUGGUGUUAAUCGAGCCCCAAAGUGCCCCCACGAUGGAAACCAUGGACUCCAGCGACUACUUCCAAAGUUACCAAGAUUUGUCGAUCCAUCAAUUGAUGUUGAAGGAUGUUCCGAGGAAUAGAGCUUAUAAGCAGGCUAUUUUUGACAAUAAGGAUCAAUUUAGAGGACGGACGGUACUAGACGUGGGUGCUGGUACCGGGAUUUUGUCGGUUUUUUGUGCCCAAGCUGGGGCGGCGAGGGUUUACGCCGUGGAGGCCAGUAAUGUAGCUGAAAUCGCCGCGGAAGUAGUGAAAGAAAACGGAUUUGAAGAAGUCGUGACGAUAAUCCAUUCCAGAGUUGAGGAUGCCACCCUCCCGGAAAAAGUCGACAUUAUAGUGUCGGAAUGGAUGGGUUUCUACCUCCUGCACGAAGCCAUGCUGGACUCGGUGAUCCUGGCUAGAGACAAAUUCCUCAAACCUGGAGGUCUGGUCUUCCCCGAGUCGGCGACUCUUUAUUCGGCUCCGUGCUCCGUUCCAGACAUGUUCGACACCUGGACCAACAUCGAAGGGGUAUCUAUGAAGAGCGUGGGUGCGAAAAUCCGCGCCGAGAACUCUCACAAACCCAGUACCACUCUGGUACCACUGGAGAACGUCCUGGCGGACCCUGAAGUCGUGCUCUGGCUAGACCUGCGCGAGGUCACUCCAGACGACGUAAGUACCGCCAAAAUACAACACGUCGCUGUUGCCUCCAAAGCCGGCAAGUACCAAGGGAUCUGCCUCUGGUUCAGCUGCACUUUCCCCUCUUUCGUCACCGAACCCAUAACAUUAUCCACGUCUCCCGAAGACCCACCCACCCAUUGGCAGCAAACCACGAUAGUACUCCCCACAGAACUAGAAGUGGAGGAAAAAUCCCCCAUGGUGUACGAACUCUCAUUGGCCAGAUCCAGCGAAAACCCGCGUCGCUACAACAUCGAAGUGACCAUGCUGGACCCCGAGGAAGUACCGCACCCCGAGUACUGCAGCUGUCACAUGACCAAAUGCAUACUCACGCGCGCGGUACUCGAGAAGUACGAAGUCGACAGUUUGCCCCAAUAAAGCGUUUCGUUCGA